GUUGACGUGUGCGGCUCCUCCGGUGGGCGUGUUCACUCCAGCUUCCUCCUCGGUGCUGUGGGGGUCUGUGCGGUCAGAUAUCGCCCCGUAUCGGACGCGUUUCCGCGGACGGAGCCGUGGAGGAGAGAAAGCAGAGAUGGGCCGGUGUAUGGAUGAGGUGUUGUUGGGGACAGUGAGCUCCGGCCUGCGGCGGUGAUGGCCGGGCCUGCAGCAGCGAGAUCAGCAUGAGCCUCUCCUCUCCUCCCGCUCCGGUUCGGGGUUAAUGAGAGAGAAAAUGCUGCCAGCGCGUCGUUCUGCAGUGCUGCACCGACGAUCUCACGCAGGAGAGAAACCUCACACCUGCCUGACCUGCAGCAAAACCUUCAUCUCCUCCACCCACCUGGCCCUGCACCUGCGCACGCAUGCCGGAGAGAGGAGGUACAAAUGCAGCGUCUGCAACAAAGUCUUCACUCAGCCCGCCCACCUGAUGCGCCACAAGGCCAUCCACACAGGAGAGAAACCCUUUAAAUGUCCAGACUGUGGAAAGAGCUUCGGCCGCGCGUCUCACCUGAAGACCCACCAGCGGCUCCACACGGGCGAAAAGCCCUACAAAUGCACGCUGUGCGAAAAGGCUUUCACCCAGAAGGCUGGGCUGAUCAUGCACCUGCGCCAGCACACAGGUGAGCGCAGGGGUGAGCGUCCCUAUAAGUGCGAGAAAUGUGGCAAAGGCUUCCGUAGCUCCGCCCACUUGCUGUCCCAUCAGGCCCUGGAGUCAGGAGAGGGAAGGCACGUGUGUGUGAAAUGCAGGAAGAGCUUCAGGUCAGUUUCAGUGCUGAGGCAGCAUGAGAAGAGCCACCAGGGCGGCGCUGUUGAGGCGCUCCGCUGCAGCGUGUGCUCGGACUCCUUCGUCUGCUCCCCCUACCUGCGGCUGAAGCUCCGCCUCCGGCCCGCCGAGUGCAUCUAUCACUGCAAGGUGUGCAACAGGAUGUUCGACAAAAUGUCCAUCUUCGAGAAGCACUGCGAGAAGCACCGCAAACAGCCGGACACAGACGUGGAGGAGGAGGGGGAGAAAGAGGACGACGCCCAGGACCCUCUGUUCCUGCCCCACGGGGCGGACUUCACGUACCCCUCCGAGGUGAAGACUCGCUCCAAAACCAGAGCUAAGACCAAACUGGAGCCCUCAAAGUGACGCCUGGUUCUAUGCACAUCACUGAACAUCUGUCUUUGCACUACAUGCACACUGUUGUUCAAAGUUUUGGAGUCACCUACAUAUUAAUAACUGUUAUCAUAGUCCAUAAUAAUUAAACAGUGUAGAUUCAAAUAAAUUCAACGUUAUGUUUUAUUCAAUAUUUCAACUUUGUAAGGGGUAAACAACAAGAAGUUAUUAAACGAUAAAUAAUAUACUGUCAUUUACUAUUUAUAGAAAUUUCAUAUAAGCAUUUAAAAGCAUCAUUUAAUUUUAUUAUUAAAUUUGUUAAUUUUAUUAGAACUUCAUUCUGGAUGUUCAUUUUCUCAUAACUUCAUUAUAGAUAUUAAAUUUAUUAGACAUGUAUUCUGGAUAUUAAUUUUAUUAGAACUUAAUUUCAGAUAUUAAUUUUCUCAGAACUUGAUUACAGAUAUUAAUUUGUUAGAAAUUCAUUCUGGAUAUUAAUUUUAUUAGAAUAUUUAUUCUGUUAAUUUAAAUUAGAACUUGGAUAUUAAUUUUAUUCGA